CGUUAGCAACAGAGUUUUUAUAUUGUCUCGUGCUUUUAUAAUUUCAUACGAUGCCUCAUAAAUGUGCUGUAGCCACAUGUCGUGGUAAUUAUAAAAACGGACCAAAAGUGGCUGUAUUCAAGUUUCCAAAUGAGACUGAACUCCGGAUGAAAUGGAUAAGGAGUCUACGAAGAAAAGAUGGCUUUCAACCUACUAAACAUACCAGAGUAUGUGAAUUACAUUUUCGAUCAGAUGAAAUAAUACGAGAAAUCGAAAUGUAUGAUGAGAAAUCAGCGAAGUUAAUUAAAGCCCCAAUUUCUAGGCCACGUUUGAAAAAAGGAUGCAUACCUUCUCAGUUCCCUGAUGGCCCAUCCUACAUGUCAUCAAAUUCUGUAUCGAGAAUGUCACCAGAAAAGAAGAAAGCUCGUUUAGAAGAGAAAUACCUGGAGAAAGCGAUAGAAGAAAGUUUGAAAAUGAAAGAACGGUAUGAUAAUGAACGAUCAUUUGAAAGUUUAAUUGAAUUCAAUAAUUGCCUAGAACAUCAGAUUUUAGAAACAUUUUGGACAACUGUACAUACUGAAAAUUCAACUAUGUUACUUGAUAUUUUAAGUGACCCAGCUCCAGAAAUUCAGAAAUCGUAAUGAUGGUAGUAAUAAAUGAGGAUUUAACAGUAUGUGUUUAUAUUAAAAACAUCGCUAUAAAAUCUAUUGGUAAAUUUGUUUUCCCUCUAAAAAUUAGUAAUGUAAAUAUGUUUCUAGAAGUACUAAAGGAAGUUGAAAGUCUGUCUCAUAACUUA